GAUCCCGCGGGUGGCCCAGGUUCCAGAGACUCCCUGGUUGGCUACCAAAUCCGACUGGAGAAGAAGGUCUCCAGCUCCACGCGCUUGCUUUUCUGCACGGUCGGAGUUUUGCUCCGCCAGCUGCAGCAGGGCCUUGGCGCUCUGGCCAAGGUCACCCAUAUUUUCAUCGAUGAGGUCCACGAGCGAAGUGCUGACUGCGACCUUCUGAUGCUCCUUCUGCGUCAGGUUCGUGCAAGUCGGCCCGAUCUUUGCUUGUGUUUGAUGAGUGCCACCAUGGAGAGUGACAAGCUGGUCCGAUACUUUGGAAGCCCAAGCUCCGUCCCGGUCCUCUCCAUCCCUGGCCGAACCUUUCCGGUUCAGCAGUUCUGGCUCGAAGAUGUGGUGCAGAUGACAGGCUAUCGCUGCGAAGAGGAAAGCGAGUUCGCCAAGAAGAGUUGGAAUCGAGGCUGGAACACUGAGAAGAAAACCUUCCAGGUAUCCGGUGAUAAAGGCAAGACCCAGACCCUCACGGCCUACAUCGACGAAGAGGAGGAGUGGGGCUGUGACGAUGAAGCCGAGAUGUGUGAUCCGGACGUCUAUGAG